AUGAGACCCGGUCUACUUAUCCCUUCUACUUCUAUUAUUUCAUCUCCCUCUACUCCUACUUCUGAGACGGCCGUUAUCCCUUCUGGGUCCUCUGCAUCUUUGGCCUUGGCCUUGCCUCCCAUGGCUUAUAGACCUCGAGCAAAACGGACGCCGUGCCGGAGAUCCUCUCCAAGUGUCAAUCCUUCAGCCAUUAGUGCUCCCACAAUUGCAACAGCACCUCCUACACUAUUACCUUCUAUUCCAUCUAGUUCUUCCCCUGUUUCUCUUGUUUCUGCUAUCCCUUUCCCUUCUAUUACGUCCUCUUCUUCUUCGCCUCCAGCUUCUUCCGUUCCCAGGCCUUUAUUUAGAUAG